UUACGUAGGGAGGCGUGUGUGACAUUUGCUGCAAAGAGCUAGUUUAUGAACAGCUAGCCGGAGAAAGAUGAAGAACUAGGGAAGGAAAUAGAAAAUAGUUUGCCUUUUAACAACUGAGCUGACGUCUGGGUUACACUUUGUUAUCGUACCCACAUUAAAGAAGACAGUUUGUAUCAAAUGUAGCGUUAGGUAAAACUUCCUUUUUGGCUAAACACGUUAAAUAGUAGGCUAACGCUGUCUCUUAACUUAUACAGACAGUAACGUUAAAUGUACGAGUUUGGGCUGAGGUGGUGUUCUGGUUUGCCGUUCUGAGAUGUGGAUACUAAUCAGAUAACUGCAGUUAAUUUCGUUUUUUUUAUUGCAGUAUGGGUGGACGUUAAUUUAUCGCUUAAGCCGACUUGGCUAACUGCGGUUUGCACACAAGGUUAAAUUUAGCUUUAGCCAGCUAGCUCCUCAUUUCCCUCUUGCUGCAGCUUUCUCACUUUCCUAUGCUGACUUGUCAGGCCAGGUGUGCUGAAAGUAGGCCAGGUGCGGUGCUGUAACUUAAUCAAAGUGCUCACAGAGUGUGGGACUAAGUCCAACAGCCUAAGUUACUUCAGGGAUUUUUGUUAGUUUAGUGGAGCCAGAAGUACGAUCAUGCUGCUCUCCUUGGUUGUGCACACAUACUCGCUGCGGUACUGGUUUCCAGCCACGAUCAUGCUGGGGACAGCCCCAGCUUAUCUGCUGUCAUGGGGGGCUUGGCGCUUACUUUCAACUGUCUUACCAGCGAGAGUGUAUCACAAGUUGGACGACCGGUUGUAUUGCAUCUACCAGAGUAUGGUCCUGUUCUUCUUUGAAAACUACACAGGAGUUGAGAUUGUUAUAUAUGGAGAUAUACCAAAGAACAAAGAGAACGUGAUCUACCUGUCUAAUCACCAAUGUACAGCUGACUGGAUCAUCGCUGACAUGCUCGCCAUCAGGCAGAGUGCUCUCGGUCAUGUCAGAUACGUCCUUAAAGAUGGACUCAAGUGGCUCCCACUAUAUGGAUGGUAUUUCUCUCAGCAUGGAGGAGCCUACGUGAAACGAAGUGCAAAGUUUAAUGAAAAGGCGAUGAAGAAGAAGCUCCUCACUCAGACUCAAUCUGGAGCACCAAUGUACCUUGUCAUCUUCCCAGAAGGAACUCGGUAUAAUCCAGAGCUCAAGAAUGUUAUCGCUGACAGUCAGGCUUUUGCUACGAAAGAAGGACUGGCUGUUCUGAGGCACACACUUACACCCAGAAUGAAGGCCUCUCACAUAGCCAUCGAGGCCAUGCAGGGCCACCUGGACGCUGUGUAUGAUGUCACAGUGGCCUACGAGGGAACGCUGAACACCUCCGGUCAUAGAAAACCUGCACCAUCAAUGCCAGAAUUCCUGUGCAAAGAAUGUCCCCGAGUCCACAUACACUUCGACCGUGUGGACAUAAAGGAAAUUCCUACAGAGCCACUGUUUUUCCGCAGGUGGCUGCACGAGCGAUUCGAAAUCAAGGACCGGCUGCUGACGGAUUUCUACGAGUCGGAGGAUGCAGACAAAAUAUGCAGGUUCCCCGGGGAAGGCAAACCUUCUCCUCUGAACCUCUCUAAAACCCUUCCAUCAGUGAUUAUCUUGGGGGGACUGACAUUGCCAUUACUGCUGACAGAGAACGGCAGGAAACUGUACGUGAGAACCUGGGUGUACGGGACACUGCUGGGCUGGCUGUGGGUGAACUUUUUCCCUUAACGUACAGGGCGGAGGCUGCAACGAUGAGACAUGGAGAGACGGUGCCAUUUUCCUGUGUGACAACAACACAAGGUGUGUUCCAGAUGCGAAGCAGCAUCUGAUAAGAGGCUCAGAGAUUUAUCCCACAUGUCUGACUCUCUGUUGACCUUGAGCUGCAAGCUGAACGGAGAUGCGGAGAAUUGUUAAGCUUUUUGUGCUACUUGUUCCCUCGCAUUAUUUGGAUUUUCAGCCUGAACUGAUGAGAAAACAUGAGUGGAUUUGUUGAAAAGUAUUAAGAGUUCUCAAAAUACCCAAUAUGAUCUCUGCUAUGAAAAAAUUGCUAUAUACUUCUCUUAAAAUAAUUUCUCCCUUCAACAGAUUUAGCCAAAUUAAUAUUCUCGCUUGCUCACCAUCAAACAUUGCCCAGUUUUAAAGCUCUUAUGACAUUUAUUGAAUUCUCAAAAAUUUAAUAAUCACGGUUAGCUACUGUAUCUAACUGACACAGUACACUAGCCCACUGAUGAUAGAUCAUUAAUUAUUAAGUGCACUGACUCAUUGACAUUGGUUGUAAUGUUGUCUGUUAUUUAUGUCAAGUCCCAUAUCAGGAGGAUUAUGCACUUUGCUCAUUUAAAGUGAUGUUUUUUCAUUAGUAGAACAAAAUAAAUAGCACGCAGUCCCCUAUAGGGGCUCAUAAACAUGACACCAGCUGCAUCGUUUACCAUAAAUAUUCAUACAGACAUCACUUUGUUUUAUAUUGAUAAUGAAUGUAGCCGUGAAAACAUGUUCAUGUAUGCAUAUAUGAAAAGAGUACAUGUUUUUUAGUAUCCAACACCCAAGAUUUGGAUUUUGCUAAUGUUAAUUACUCAAAAAUAUACAAUAUAUUGUAUAUUUUUGAGUAAAGUCUUUGUCACUGAUGAUGCCACAGGGAGCUCAAGUGGAGGAAUGCGUGUUAAAAAUUUUAAUGUUCUACCAACGUAAAAUAUUACUUACCUUAAAAUGUCGAUCAUUGCCAAAACCUGGUGUAUUUACCAUGAUGUUGUACAAGUGUGUUAAGUUGAGCAAUACUUGUUUUAAUGCCAGCCCGGAUGACAGCAAAAUGUCUUUUCAGGGUUUUUUUGGGGGGAGGGCUAAAUACAUUAUAAUUUGAUUUUUUUUGUCAAUUUAAUCAUAGUUCCAUAACUGUUCUAUGCAUUUGUUACUUUGAAUACCAUGUUACAGCUCACAUUAAAGUAUUUACCUAGCAAAAUGACAAAGCCAUGUUAACAGUAUAUCACAGGCUCCUGUGCACUCAAAGCCAUUUGUAUAAUUAUCACUGUAUUUGUGAAAUGCACUGUAUGUCCAUUGUUGUUGUUGUUUACAGUAAUGAAACCAUUGCAUUUUCCACGAGUCACUUUACAUAUUUGCCAUCUUGUCUUCCUCUAAAGUUAGUCUGAGAUAUGUUUUCCAUGUGGAUGGUACAGUAAAUCCCAUGCUUUUUACAUGUCGCCCCAAUACCUCACUUGAAUAAUCCUUCCUUGUUCUUAAAUGACCCUUGUCAGCCAUUUUAUAGUCAUUUUUAUCCUGACAAGACGAGACUGUAACUCAUCAGGAAACUCUAUGUAGACAGUAUUUAAAUGCCAACGGAUUUUGGAAAUGUGUGCCUUCUCUUUGGAGGAACACGUCUUCAGCCCUCUCACGGAGGGCCACAAUGGCUCUUUUCCACCAGGUGACUGCAUGGAGGCGCUCUGCUGGAGCUGCUGCUCACUGCAGCAUGUGGUCACAUUGUCUACCGUUCAUAGUGGCUUAUUUUGCUCUAAGAAUGCAUUAAUUUACACUUUUUGAGGACUAUUAUGAAAUGAUGAAAACCUUUUAAUGUGUGUGAGUUCUGGAAAUGGGGGUUCAGAGUGAAAUAAAGUGGUUUUCUUUGGGGAGAGUCAA